AUGUCACCCGUCAACACGGAAGUGUGUCCGGGGUUGCGUACAGCACUUUUGCAACUUCUCUGGGAAAAAGCGAAGGACAAAUUAGGAGAACAACACCCGUUUUCAAUUGUCUGCUUCGAGCUCCGGAAAGGCGACACUCAUCGAGGACAAUCAGAACAAGUCAUUAAACUGGUCCGAGAUCUGUUUGCUCAACACCUGGAUCCUUUCCACGCAGAGACUCUCCGAUGGAAGCGAGCGGAAAUCACUUUCCUAAGGCGCCAUGGUGAGCUCGAUUCAGCUCGCCGACUGUGCCUUCAGCUCCUGGAUGAAACAAGGUCAAAUCCUAACACUUGUGCGAAACAGUCGAGGAUCGUGUUGCUUGAAUUGGUCAAGAUAUACAUGCACGCAAAGCAAUAUGACCUCGCCGCGAGGUGCUGCAUUGAAGGUAUGGGAGACGCAAGAAAGGAGCUAGGGGUAAACUUUCCAGACGACUCUGCUGUUCGGAUGAUGGAAGCCAUGGCGGCCAUGGGUCGACUGAGAGGCGAUCGCGGAGGUCAGGUUCUCUGGCUUCACCAGGCAAAACUAGGAAGCCAGAAGACGGGUUCUCGAUCAUUCACUACGGGCUUCAUCGACGAAACCUUGCAACAGCUUCAGCCAACAUCUCCUGAGCAAUCACAGACGAGAGGUGCUCCUGUCUAG